GUAAUUUUUUGGCGCGUUUAUUGUUAUGGUUCACACACCAUACCGAUUUUUUACCUAAAAUCAGCCUCCCAGCGGGUUUUAGGUCGUGAUCACUUGAUUGUAGAGGAACUUAAGAUUGUAUAGAUGUAGUUUGUGGGGGUAAAAGUUUCCAAUUUUUACCCUAAUACCACCGAAAAAAGAGUGGAGUUUCCCAAGAUGAAUGGAGAAAUUCCGAGUGUUCCUAUAACAACACUGGCAGGGGUGUCAAGUCUCACAGACUUGCUCCCUGAACUGCCAUUACCAACCCCACUUCCUUCAACGGUGAACAACAAGAGUUUGUUGUUUCAUCCGCGGAUUGCUGAAGAAGCAAAGCAGCUUACAGCAUCGAGAGAUGAGAGUCUUGUUCCAACAUUGGCGAAGGCCUUGAGUCAGACCACUACAGAACACAUUGAGCUGAAAGACAGUCUAGCGAGUGAUGCAAUUGAGGGUGAUAUACCUGAUUUGCUGAAGGCUAUCUUGGCUUAUAAUCCUAAUGUAUUCAAAGGAAAGAAAGGCACCAAUUAUGACGCAGUGGAUCAUAAUAGAUCACCAAUGGCGGCGAUGGCGUCUCUGGCAGGGGCUUCACCGUUUCAACCACCCCCUACACCAACAGGUCAGCCAUCAUCUCAGCAGCAUUCACCGUACCAAUCGGGACACUUCUCGCCAUUUUCACCAAACAGCCCUUCGAGGUUGCCACAACAAAAUUCUUAUAGUCAGCAUGGAAGUCCUUAUCAGGCCCCGACACCUCAAUCGGCUGCGAGUAAAUUUCAGCAGCAGUUCCAAAACUUUGCAGCUGCAUCGCAGUCUAGCCAGUUUCCACAGCUUGCUGGCACAUCAAGCCAGUUACCUGUGAAUGGUGGUGUGCAGGCAUCUAACACCAGUAGUCCAAGUACAUCGUCAGUUGCUGCAUCUCCACCACAGAAAGCAAGGCCAUUAGGGACACAUUCUACAAAACCAGCCACAGUGUCAUCGCCAGCACGGGUUCCUCCAACUCCGCCAGUGCAGGAACCAUCUAAAGAGGUGCUUUCGAAACGGUCUGACCCUGAGGCACCUAAUGGCACCAGCAGAGAAAAACAUCAUCACCAUAAAGAGAAGCGAGAUAAACAUCAUCACCCUCCCGAGGAUAAGAGAAGAGAACCAGUUGUUGUGCUAGAACCAGUUAAUGUGGAGGCUAUAAAUGCUAACCUUAAGAAACAAAAACUGUUAGAGCAGCAAUCCACAAUGCCCACAAUGAAAGGUCCUGUCGUGAGAUUAAUGAGGCUUGAUCCUCUCAUAGACAGUGAACACGGUCGCUUGAAGGUGAAACGAAAACGUUCCAAAUCCGGUGAAGAGUACAGUGUUGUUAGUUCCAAUAGCAACGACACACGUCUUACUCUGAAACUGUCAAAACACAGACCAACUCCGUCAUCAUAUCCAGAACCAGAGACUUCUCAUACAGCUUAUGAGCGGGCAAAACAGCUGUCUCGACAGCACAAUUCAACAGAAGGAAGUCGAGGGAGAGGUUCAAAACGAAAAAAGACCACAGUUGACUACUAUGAAGAUGCUCCAAGUCCAUCACCUUAUGAUGAGAGGAUUGGAGAAUUUACGUUAUCGAUGUCUGAGAGGAUAAAGCGACGACGGAGAGGAGGUGGUGGUGAAGAUGAUGAAUAUGUGCCAGAGAUUCCCCUAGAUUUACCAGCACCAAAAGAGAUGCCCAGCAGCGUGUCAAAAGAUAAAAAGAAGAAGCGUGAAAAAGUGAAGAGAUUUGGUGAUUCUGGGAUGUCUGCUGAAGAGCGUGUUGGGUCAGGGACUUUCAAAAAGUUUAUGGCUUCCAUUGAGUCUGUGUUAGAGAGUACAGAAGAAGUGGACACCAAUGCUUUGGAUCUAGAAGAUGAGGAUAUUGAUGUGCCAGCAGAGUUACUUAUACCGAGAUCAGCUGUAUCAGAUCUCUGCAGCGAAGCUGCUAAACUCAAAUCAAUUGGUGUUCUCAAUCUGGUGACAACUGACAAACUUGUAAAGUUACAGAACUUGUUGCAAUGGAACAUACGAGAUGGAACCAAAAUUCUUGCUACAAUCAGUCAGCAUGAUGAUGAUACGGAUGCAAUCAGAGUCUGGCGAGAACUGACAUUCGACCGGGUGGUACGGAGUGUGGAUGCUGCUCUUCUCUCCUUGUAUAUCAUGACUUCAGACAACAUGCCAAAACAAGUCUUCAUUGAAGAUGUGAUAGAAAAGAUCUGCUUUCUUGCCAAGUACCAGAUGACGAAUUCCAUAUUUCCGGAGUAUGAUCCAGUUUACCGGAUUGACGACCACAAGAAAGAUAUCUAUCACAGCAGUUACAAAAUGAAGAGGGCACGAGCACAUCAAGUGAAGCACAAGAGUACGAUAACAUUAUACAACAAACUGACAGAAAUGAUUGGCAGUUUAGCGGAGUUGAUUGACAUACAGGAGUUGACUGAUACCAUCAUCCUACAGGCAUCGUCGCUCGGAGUUGGUCCAUUCUUCGUGGAAAACAUCAGUGAACUGCAGCUGAGUGCAAUAAAGCUAGUCACAACUAUCUUCUCAAAAUAUGAAAAGCAUCGGGCGUUGAUUCUUGAAGAUAUCUUCGCGUCAUUGGCAAGACUGCCUUCAAGUAAACGAAACCUGAGAAGUUACCGGUUAAACUCGGAUGAGAGUAUCCAGAUGGUGACCGCCCUUGUCUUACAACUUAUCCAGUCAGUUGCUAUACUUCCUGAAGUUGAGGAGCCAACGCCUGGGGAGGAAGAGGCAGAAGUAGAGAACCGACGGAAAGCCCUCGUAUCUGAUAGUGAGGUUGUCCUGACCUCAUCGUACGAAACUGCUAUGAGAUGUGCUCAUAAUUUUCUCUCAGUUUAUCUCAAAAAAUGUACGAUAAAAGGUGAAGAAGACUAUCGACCGCUGUUUGAGAACUUUGUGCAAGAUCUCCUCUCAACUGUGAAUAAGCCUGAAUGGCCUGCUGCAGAACUGUUACUAAGUCUUCUAGGACGUCUUCUGGUGCGACACUUCAGCAAUAAGUCUGUGGACAUGGCACUCAGGGUUGCAUCGUUGGACUACCUUGGUAUUGUGGCAGCAAGGCUAAGGAAGGAUGCGCUAUCUAGUCAGCUAAACCAAGAAACAGUGGAUGAAAUUCUACAAAAUGUGCGGGAUGACAACCAGGAACUUACUGAAAAUGGUCGCAAAUCACCUGAUGCAAUACCCGAUGACAAAGACCAUACUCAGUUAAUGCAAAAAGCUCUUCUGGACUAUCUCAUGAGCAAUGCCAAUGAUGACCCAGUAUAUCACUUUGCUCGCCAGUUCUACAUCGCUCAGUGGUACAGGGAUUCAACGACGGAAGCAGAGAAAGUCAUAAAACGCCAACACGAGUCCUCAUCAUCGACCGACGAAAACGAUGAUCAAGAAAAAGACGAAACAGUCAAAGAAAUGGAUAAACAAAAAGACAUUCUGCAACGGGCAGAGGGUAGAAAAGUGUUCCUGAUCUCACAUAUACAAUCUGGCAAAGGCCAAGGACCAUUUGCUACGUAUAAGAACUCUACGUCGAGUAACCUGGACUAUGAAAAUGCGUGCUUGUGUGUGCGAUAUCUUGCUUCAAAUCGACCAUUCUCACAGAGUUUUGACAUCUAUCUCACACAGAUCUUGAAAGUGCUUAGUGAAACAGCUGUGGCUGUGCGAACAAAGGCUAUGAAGUGUUUGACCGCUGUAAUAGAAGCUGAUCCAGGUAUCUUGGCUCGGUCUGAUAUGCAACGAGGUGUGCAUGGUAGAUUGUUGGACCAGUCCACGUCUGUCAGAGAGGCAGCAGUCGAACUUGUUGGAAAGUUCAUCCUCAUCCGUCCAGAACUUACGAGUAAUUACUAUGACAUGCUUUCUGACAGAAUACUGGAUACUGGUAUCAGUGUGAGAAAGCGAGUCAUCAAGAUCUUCCGAGACAUCUGUCUCGAGCAGCCAGACUUCCCCAAGGUCCCAGAAAUGUGUGUCAAAAUGAUCCGAAGAGUCAAUGAUGAGGAGGGCAUUAAGAAAUUGGUGACGGAGGUGUUUCAGAGCAUGUGGUUCACUGCUGUGCGGGACAAGGAUUCUCACAAGUUGGUGCAGAAAGUCAUCAACAUCGCAGAUGUGGUAGCUGCUAGUCGAGAUUCAGGCUACGACUGGAUCGAACAAUUAUUGGAAAAUCUUCUGCGGAAGGAAGAGGAUCUGAGUCAACGACCUGUGGAGAAAGCGUGUAUACAAAUUGUAAAUUGUUUAGUUGAAAAUGUGCUAGAGUUGGAGGAGAGAAGUGUUGAAAAUGAUGGGCGGCGGUCUGUGAGCCAGCGGUUGGUGGCGUGUCUGUCAACGCUGCACUUGUUCUGUAAGAUCAAGCCGGAACUGAUGGUCGAUCGAGCGUUCACGAUACAACCGUACUUAGAUAUCAAGUGCAAUAAUCAAGGUGACUAUCUGGUUAUCCACAACGUGGCCAAGAUCCUCGAGUUGGUCAUACCAUUGAUGGAUCAUCCAAGUGAAGGCUUCCUUGCUCAGGUGGAAGAGGACAUGAUGAAACUAAUACUCAAACAUGGAAUGAUGGUGCUACAAAGUUGUGUGAGCUGUCUUGGUGCAAUUGUAAAUAUGGUGUCUCACAACUACAAACUGGUAACAGACUGUUUCCGGAAGUUCUUCGGUGUCCUCUCCAAGCUGAUGGCUGAACAUCAACGGAAUCACUUGAAUGCACAAAGUCGUCCAACACUCCUCAGGUCCCUCUUCACGAUAGGCUUGCUCUGUCAACAUUUUGACUUCGAUUCAAAGGAAAUGGGAGAAGCCAAGGUGUUAAUCCGAGACCGAGUAUUUGAGAUCCUGAUGUACUUCACAGAACAUGAUGAUGAGGACAUCCGGCACAAGGCUUUGACUGGGCUUGGAUUCCUCUGUAUCCGCUACUAUGACUUCAUGUUAGAAACACGCCUCAAGGAGUACUACAAGUAUCUGCUUGUGCAAAGUCCAUCCAUCAAACUCAAGUGUCAAGUGUUAAGGAAUCUCGAGACGUAUUUGAAAGAGGAAGAAAUCAAGAUGAUCAAGGCGGAUCAUGAAUGGAGAAAGCGGGCCAAGGGAGAGGAUUUGAAGGAGAUGGGCGAUAUUCAGUCUGGUAUGGCAAGUACUGUGAUGCAGAUCUAUUUGAAAGAGACGUUAGAAUCAUUUUUCCACGCGAAUGCUCAGGUGCGGUUUGCAGCUCUCUCCAUUGUCAGUCUAGUCUUACGGCAAGGAUUAGUCCAUCCUGUCCAGUGUGUACCAUAUCUUGUUGCUAUGGGAACAGAUACUGACAACACGAUACGAGUGAAGGCAGAUCAGCAGCUUCAAGAAAUCGAUAAAAAGUAUCCAGGAUUCAUCCAUAUGAAAUCAUUACAAGGUAUCAAGAUGUCGUAUCGACUUCAAGUCAUCCUUCAGAAUGAUCAAUCAGAACCAAUCCGGGGCAUUCGUUACACGACAAACCAGCAGUCAAAUACAACCAGUUGCACGUCUCUCAAUUCAUUCCUCUACUCCGUAGUCCGAAGCAGUAGGCAGCAACGGAGGGCCAUCCUGACAUCAUUACUUAACCUCUUUGACGAUUCAUCUAAUACUCCACUGCCCGAGUUGUUGUACCUUGCUGAUAAUCUCGCUAACUUCCCCUACCAGUGCCAUGACGAACCCCUGUUUAUAAUCCAUCAGAUUGACAUUGUGGUGUCAGUGUCUGGUUCAAAUAUCAUCCAGUCUUUCAGAGAGCAAUUCUUCCCCGAGAAAAUCAAUGAGAAUGGUGAGCUCAAGAUCGAUGACGAAGAGGAUGAAGACAAUAGGGAGACACUAAUCUCACGAGUCCCAGAUAAUGCAGAGACUCUACAACAACUUUGUACCCUCUCGCAAGGUUGCAUUCUCUUACUGGUGGUCAAGCAUCAUUUGAAAGAAGUGUAUGGAUUCACGGACAGCAAAAUUCAUCGGUAUUCUCCAAAUGAUGCUUCUAAAAUGCAUGAAAAACCAGUGAACCGAAAAGGUGGUUUCCCGUUUGAAGCCACGCAGGCCUUGGAGAUACUCAGGAAGGGAAAGCAGUCAACAAUUGUUGAUCAACAGGGAAAAGAGAACAUAGCGGAAGAGUACUUAGAUUUCAAAUACUUGAUGAUGAGCAUCGAUCCAGCUGAUAGUGAAGAUGAUGAAGAAGCAAGUAAGAUUCCAGGUAGCGGUCGUGGGACUCCACUUCCUGGGGCGAGGACACCGACUGGUGGAGAGUCUGGGGCUGACGGAGCUGAGCCUGAAGGUCAAGAAGCAGAGACCAUGGAGGAAGGAGAGGGACAAACGGAGGUGUCAAAUCAUGCCUCGGAACAACCAGUCGAGAAACACAUGGACCACUUACACCACUCAGCACGGCAUGUACAUGGACGGGGCACGCCUGUAGCUCAAACACAACCACAUCACGUAUCACGGCAUAGUUACUUGCUGGAAAAGAGACGAUCUGCACCCUCAAAGUCAAGACAACCAAAACCUCAUAAUACACCACGGCCAAAACCUCCAAAACGCAAGAAGCCGCAAAAGAAACGAUCACGGCGAAUCAGUGAUAGUGAGGAAGAAGAUGGCGAUGAUGUGGACAGUGAUCCAGAUUUCAUCGCCUAGUCGGAUUGAAUCUACCCCGGGCAAAGACCGCAUGAAGCAAACUCAACAGAUAGCAUUCCAUUUAAAUCAAAACGGACGUGGAUUCAAGUGAUUACUGACAAUAUGCCACAGCCAUUCUGCUUCUUGUGUUCUUUGCUCGCUGUGCCUUGUGUUGUGCCAUGAACACUGCAUUGUUUGCAGUAUUAGAUUAUAAUCAUUUCAUUGUGAGAUGUGCCGAAACCCAAACUGCCAAUAUCUUGUAAAUAGUGUGCUGCCAAUUUUCUUUGGCAGCAUUGUGCGUGUACAGUAAAUGCUUAGAGCUUGGACUGCACCAUGACAUUGUUGGAUCUGCAGUUUUUAUUUUAUUUAUACAACAACCUUGUCUCAUUACAUGACAAAGAAUCAUUCGUCAACGGAGUCACAAGAGGAUUUUAUUUUUGCACAAUUGGCGGCAGAUAUUCCUCUGGCUACUUUAAAUUCUUUGUACGAGAUGUGAAAGGUGAUUCUAAAAAACUGGACUACUAGUUUUGAACUGUGAUGGUGGUGUUUCUAGCUGCCCAAUUCAUGUCAAUGACCUGUUUGUGACAGUAAGAAAUAGUUGUCUAGCACCUGUCUGGAGAAAUGUCUGUGCCCUCAUUUUUUAGCAAAAGCUCCCAACGUGAUGUGAUGUUCACCAAGGUCCAAGUAUUGUUACAUUGCAAAUCUACCAACAAUCGAGUGAUUUUUCUUUAAAAUACAUGUCUGCCCCUGAGAUUAAUUCUGUUACUUCAAGGUUCAAAAAGGUUCUGAUCAUUCUUCAAACUAAGAAAGCUAAUUGCAUUUAAUAAUAAUGAAAUAUAUAUAGGCGAACCAAAACAUGAACUUCUCUCUCUAUAUUUGGAGCUUUUGCCAAUCAGUCUUAUCUCGUGAGUAAAACCUAUUGUUGUCUGUUUCACUUCCAAAUGAUACCUUUAGAACCAGAUGUAGUUAUUUGUUAAAAUCUUGUGAAGAAAAUUGAAACUUUUGGUUAGCAUUUUCAAGUUGUAAAUUUUCAGUUUUUGACAAAAAAUGGUGUUAGUUGAAUAUGUAAUGAAGUUCGCAAUGUCUUGUUCUAUUCAGUGUAAUGUCCAAGGACAAUCCAGCUUGAAAUUACUUGUCAAGACAAUCGCUGAAUAUCUACUGAAGCAUCAACCAGGCUGUGUUUUGCUCAGUUUUGGUCAUUUGUUAAAAAUACAUGUAAGCACGACUUUCUUCGAUCAAAUUGUUAUAUCCUGGUCGGGUGAUCCUACUUGCCAAAUGUCAGGUAGGCUGGUCUUGUCACCUUGGUGUAUAAUCACAGAUCCCUUAACCAGAGGACACGUGUCUGAAGAAAUACAUGCUUAUUCAAAGUGGCCUACUUUCCCAAAAACUGUGCUUUUCACCUUGAUUGGUGCCAGAUAGAAAUGAAUUAUGAGAAACGUCAAGGAUAAGAAUAAGAAUAAGAUCAAUUUUUUGGGGCUUAGGCGUAGGUCAUGCAAGUCCAAUGUCCACCUUUGAAAUUUGUGUCCCACUAUCAAUGGGCAAUGUCGAUAGUUUGUGAAUGCAUUUCCAUUACUGACUGUAAAUAUCCCCGAUUAUCUCCUUCUCAACUCACCUGGGCGGAUGGAUUGCCACCUACCAACUAAGAGCAGCUCCUACCUGAGAUCUGUUGUUAUCCUGGUAACUCUGUAGCUAUCACUCUGGAAGGGAACUGCUCCUAUGAUAGAUGGUGAUGCGUCCAUCAAACUUCAUUAUCAUGUUCAUGUCAGUUUCUGCAUCUGUCAUACAUUGGACAAGCAGACAUGUACAUACAUCGAAGCAAUACUGUAGAACUGGACCAUUCUUGGGAGAUGUUUCCUCGGCAGGUUAUGCGAGUCAACAGAGUCCGAUAACUUGUGUUUGGUUGUUGAGAACUAAUCUGAGUGGAAUGGUUCUGUUUCACAAUAUAGCUUUGGAUGCUUGUCCCCUGUGCAUACUAAAAUGUGUGAAUAGAAAGUAUUUAUUCUUCACAGAAUAACUAUAUUUAUGAGAGUAGCGGAGAUAUGAAACUGUGGAAAUGAUUAUGUGAAUAGAAACGUUUUUCAAUUCUUUGUAGCUUUUAAAAAUGAACCCUGUUAAAAGAUUUUAAUAUGGUCCUUGUAAAUAAUUUGUAUUAUUUGAAUGUUGAAAACAGAUCAGAAUUAAGAGAACUAUUUGGAAUAAAUAUUUGAAAAAGACACAGAA